AUGGUGUCUCACUCAGUAUUGCAGUAUUUGCUGGUCAUCGCGUCCACCACCGCUGCUCAUUACAGCUCAUCAUUUAGGGCAGAUGGAUCCUCGUGUCCUUCUGAUAUCCCGUUAUCGUGCACCAAUUCCUCGCAAAUUCCAGAUACCUGUUGUUUUGAAUAUCCCGGGGGAGUUUUGCUGCAAACGCAGUUUUGGGACUACGAUUACCCCACAGGCCCAGACGAUAUGUUCACUUUGCAUGGAUUGUGGCCCGACAACUGUGACGGCACAUAUAGCCAAUUCUGCGACAGCUCGCUUCAAAUUUCCGACGCCGAGGAAGUGCUGAUCUCAUUUGGCGAGCAACAGUUAUUGGAAAGGAUGCACGAGGUCUGGAAGGACUACCAGGGAAACGACAAUAACUUAUGGGUCCACGAAUUUAACAAGCACGGCACCUGUUUGAGCACUAUAAAGCCCUCUUGCUACGAGAACUUCGAGACUAACAGAGAAGUGGUUGAUUACUUCCGAAAGUCAGUCGAGCUGUUUGAAGGACUACCCACCUACAAAUGGCUUGAGGCUGCUGGAAUUACGCCGUCGGACUCCCGGACUUACUCCAAGCAGCAGAUUGACGAGGCCCUCAGGUCCAGGUUCGGCAAGGAGGUCUACUUCAAGUGCGACAGAAACCACGCCCUGAAUGAAAUCUGGUAUUUUCACCAUCUGCGUGGAUCCAUCCCCCAGGGCAACUACGUCCCAAUUGAUGCCAUGAUCUCCUCAAACUGCCCGUCCUUUGGCAUCAAGUUCCCUCUGAAGAAGGCCUCCUCUACAUCAUCUGACACCAUCACUGCAACCAAGACCUCAGCCACAAGCACCGCCACACCUACGGGCAACGGAGGCUACCUCAAGCUCGAGAACCAGGCUGGUUGUCUGAUCAGCAACGGUAAAUGGUUUGUGUCGGGCACAUGCGCCACGUAUAAGCUGUCAGAGGCAAGUUUCGGUGGUUACCAGCUGGCUUCGUCAAAGGGAGUUUGUGGUAUCGACUCCGAUGGCUACUUUGCCUGUGGUAGCGGCGUCAUUGCUGCGCAAUUCGACUACGAUUCGUCCUCCGGGCACGUCACAUACGGAGGACAGCCAGGAUGGUCUGCCGGUAGAGUGCCGUCCCGGAACGCGCAGGUUCCUAUAGUGCCUGGCUCUAGUCUAAAUGUCAACUUUAGAUUGAUCUUCGAGGCCAGAUAG